UGCAAAUGCCCAUGACAUCGAUGAUGGAUUCGGUCGCCGCCCCGCAAUCGCUCUCAAUCCACAACUUCAACAUCCACCACAAUUCAGUCUCUUUAACCAGUCACCGUGGCGUAUCACCACUUUCCGGACUGAAAACACGCAGCCUACCAUGACUUGAUAUCCGACUUCCAGCUGGUGAUUAUCUAGAAUGCUGACCCCCGUCCGCUGCCGGACGGUACCAAAUGCGACUGUUGCGACCGCCGCCCGACUCCUCCGUCGAGCCAACCUCUUUUCCCGAUAUCCUCGACAGCUAGGACACCUACGAUGGGACUCGACCAUCGCCCAAGUGCUCGAGCGCAAGGGCCUCGGUAUCCCCUCCACAGCGCGCCAUAACGAGAUCGGUGUCCAGCAACUGAGCGAGCACCUCUACAAGCAGCUUUUCCCCCGCGGAAACAUCGACCCUCCUGCUCCCGAACUCAUCGAGCUGGCCAAGGACCAUCUUGCCCGCCACGACUUGCUGGGCAAGACCACCGAUAAGACUCCUCCUAUCGCCUUUCGACUACCUGCCUUGGUGGGCGAUACCCUCGAUGAACACUUCCACAAGCUGGGCGUCGACGCCGCCGAACCCUUCCUUACCCAUGCCAAGCAGUUCGCAGACGCCCAUCUACCCCCCAAGCCGACGAGUUGGGUACGGAGGAGUGGCUGGACAAAAUACAACCGCGAUGGCACGACCGAGAACGACGUCCUGCCCCAGGGCAACAUGAUGUGCUUCGAUGUGGAGGUCAUGUAUAAGGAUAACCCCUAUGCUGUCAUGGCAUGUGCUGGUACUCCGGAUGCCUGGUAUGCUUGGCUGUCGCCGUGGCUGCUUGGAGAGACGGAAACCAAGGCCCACUUGGUACCAAUGGGCGAUCCAACCGUUGACAGAAUCAUCGUGGGUCACAACAUUGGCUACGACCGUGCCAAGAUACUGGAGGAAUACGACCUGAAGCAGACGAGGAACUUCUUUCUCGACACCAUGUCUCUGCAUGUUGCUGUGAACGGAAUGUGCUCCCAACAACGACCGACGUGGAUGAAACACAAGAAAGCCAGAGAACUACGGGAGAAGGCAGAGCAUGAAAGUGCCAGUGUAGAACUGCAAGAAGUCUUGCAGGGCGGUUCCCUCACGGCCGAGGAGGCCGACCUCUGGGUCGAUAAAAGCUCCAUCAACUCGCUAAGAGACGUGGCCCAGUUCCACCUCAACGUCAAGAUCGACAAGGAUAUCAGGGAUGUCUUUGCGGAAACAGAUCGAAAUGUGAUUCUGAACCAGCUGGACGAUCUCCUGACUUACUGUGCGGCAGAUGUUCAAGUCACCCACCAGGUUUACCAGGUCGUGUUCCCUAACUUUCUCGGAGUCUGUCCUCAUCCCGUCAGCUUUGCCGCUUUACGCCACCUCGCCUCCGUCAUUCUGCCCGUCAACAAGACUUGGGAUACUUAUAUCGAGACAGCUGAGGCAACUUACCUGCAAAUGUUACACGGCGUUCAGGAGCGCCUUUUCACUCUGAUGGAGAGGACGCUGGAUUACAAGGCCGACCCUGAAAAAUAUCUUUCUGAUCCUUGGUUGAGCCAACUAGAUUGGUCAGGACAGGAGAUCAAGAUGGCCAAGCCCAAGAAAAAGGGCGACGUGGAACGGCCAGCCCUGAAUCAGAAACUACCAGGCUAUCCCCAAUGGUACAAGGAUCUGUUUAUAAAGGUUCCCAAGGAGCUCUCGGGCUUGGACGAACCCGACAAAGAACAGGAAAAUAGAAAGGCUCGACAUGAAUUCAUCAAUCUCUCCGUCCGUUCACGGAUAGCCCCGUUGCUCCUCAAAUUAUCAUGGGAAGGCUACCCCUUAUUCUGGUCCGAUCAAUUUGGCUGGACGUUCCAGGUCCCACGAGAAAAAGCAGAGACCUUUAUUCAGCGCCAGAUGACACCUGUUCAAUUUGAGGACCCAGAUGUCGAUGAUCGACUUAGGAUGGAUUUUGAUCACAAGUACUUCAAACUUCCUCACAAAGAUGGCCCGAACGCUAGAUGUGUCAACCCAAUGGCCAAGGGUUAUCUUCCCUACUUUGAAAAGGGCAUCCUUUCUUCCGAGUACCCCUACGCAAAGGAAGCCCUGGAAAUGAAUGCUUCUUGUUCAUACUGGAUCAGUGCUCGAGAGAGAAUCAAGAACCAGAUGGUUGUCUAUGAAGAUCAACUUCCUCCGUCUCAGAGAUUUGUCAACAAGGAUGCAGACAGCAACACCCCUAUUGGCGGCUUUGUUCUUCCCCAGGUCAUUCCUAUGGGUACCAUUACUCGUCGUGCGGUCGAGAGAACAUGGUUGACGGCAUCCAAUGCCAAGAAGAACCGUGUUGGAUCAGAGCUCAAAGCCAUGGUUCGCGCACCACCAGGUUAUGUCUUUGUCGGUGCCGAUGUUGACUCGGAAGAACUUUGGAUUGCCUCUGUUGUUGGAGACGCCACUUUCAAACUGCAUGGUGGUAAUGCCAUCGGCUUCAUGACCCUUGAGGGUACCAAAUCCCAGGGCACUGAUCUCCACAGUCGGACGGCUUCCAUUCUGGGCAUCACCCGUAAUGACGCAAAAGUGUUUAACUAUGGCCGUAUCUACGGCGCCGGUCUUAAGUUCGCAUCUCAGCUUCUCCGGCAGUUCAACCCUAGCUUGACCGAGGCGGAAACGACUGCCAUCGCGACAAAGCUCUACGAUGCCACCAAAGGUGCUAAAACUAACCGCAAGAGCCUUUACAAGCGGCCCUUCUGGCGAGGCGGUACCGAGUCCUUCGUGUUUAACAUGCUUGAAGAGUUUGCCGAGCAAGAGCGUCCUCGUACCCCCGUUCUCGGUGCGGGCAUCACAGAGGCCCUCAUGAGCCGCUGGGUCAGCAAAGGCGGGUUCCUGACUUCGCGUAUCAACUGGGCCAUCCAAUCUAGUGGUGUCGAUUACCUUCACUUGCUCAUCAUCGCUAUGGACUAUCUCACUCGCCGCUUCAACCUCGCCUGCCGGUUGGCCAUCACUGUGCACGACGAAAUCCGCUAUCUUGCCGAGGAACAUGACAAAUACCGGGUAGCCAUGGCACUGCAGAUUGCCAACCUGUGGACUCGUGUCAUGUUCGCGCAGCAAGUCGGCAUUCAAGAUCUUCCGCAGUCCUGCGCCUUCUUCAGCGCUGUGGACAUCGACCACGUGCUUCGGAAGGAGGUCGACAUGGAUUGUAUCACGCCUAGUAACCCGAUACCCAUUGCGCACGGCGAGAGCAUCGAUAUCUUCCAGAUCCUGGAGAAGGGAGACGAAGCAAAGCUGGAUGAGAGCAUUGUCCCUGAGUCUCAAUAUGCGCCUCGCCUGGAGGACAUUCCGUAUACGCCUCGUGUGCCUGUGAUGCAGAGGCUCCGCGAGAGGGCCGAGGCCGGCGAUCACCAAGCCUUCCUUCGGUUCAUCCGGGCACAGAUUACCAAUUCCGAUGAGGAGCUGAAGAGGAUCAUCGCAGAGACGAGGUAUAGUGACCCAUAUGGUGCCUAUUCCCUGGCUUCGAAUGGAAGAGUAUCAGGCAACCCACAUCAGCGGCAUGCCGCUGUACAUGCUUCAACAAAGACGGCUGCGGCUUCUUCCAAAGCUUCCAUCGCAAGUCGUUUUGAUUCCGUCUCGCAGGCAUCGAGGAUCAAGUCCGUCGCAGCUGGCAUUGAUGAGCCCACCAUCAGAGCGACCAAAGCGCAGGGCAAAACCAUGGCAAAAGCCAGUGGUGCAAAAAAUGCUGCCUCCACGAAGGACACCGUCCCCAACGUAACGAUCAAGAAGAAGGUGGCGGCCCCCGAGAUGGCGGCUGUUCCGUCAACCUCUUCUGAAUCUAAGUCCAAGGCUUCAGCCACAACAACCACGACAACCACCGAGAACGCCACCGCAUCCCCUUCAUCCUCAUCGAACGUCGAUGUGAAGAAAACCACAUCCCAAAAAACCAAGCCAACUCACAAGAAGGAGAUCAAAGAGGAACCAUUACCCUCCCUUGACGACCCCGUCAUCGCCGCCCGCCUCGAAGCCGUUUCCAAGACUUCACCAGGGACCAGGGCUUCCGUCGCCGCGAAGCUAGACGCCCUUGCCUCCUUUUCCAUGCGGGCUGCUGCGGCUGCUGAGGCUGCUGCCACCACCACCACCACCACCACCACCACUACUACUACUCCAGAGCAGCCAACCGUCCCUCCUGCCGUUGCUCCCAAGGCGAAGGAACCCACAACCAUCAUGGCAGAAAAGGCCUUGAAACCUACCGCCGCCCCCAAAAGCCCCACUCCUACUCUCACUCCCACAAUCAAAAAGUCUAAUUCCACAUCCACACCAACCACACCAAAACCCGUCGGCCGUCCCCGCACCACCCCCAUCCUCCCCUACACGGCUCCCAAGAAAAAGUUACCCUCGAGCGCGUUUUCCAAAGAGCAAAAGGAGCCCAUGUCGGUGUCGGAGGCUGUAUGGACUGCGAGUAAGACAACGACGACGACAUCUAGCUGGAAACCGGUGAAAGAGAGUUUGUUCGGGCGGGGGGUUUAUAUUCCUUGA